UCCAUCACCUCGACGCUAUGGCUGGUGUCUUCUCUGAUUGGCCACUUCCAGCCCUAUGUGUAAUCACCUGAGCGGCGGUUGGCCAGUCGGCUCCGCAGCCCCUGCAUCACCGGCGCCGCACGGCUCCACCGUGAACUUCCCACCUCCGGGUCGCUUCAUAAAGGCUCAGCGCGGGCCGGUUUUUCUCCGUCUUCGGCUCUGGACAACGUCGUUCGCCUUGUUUUACGUAUCCAUACUCUGUAUUGGUGCUGGAAUUGCCAUUGAUACACUGUCCGGUCAGGCGCGACCGGACACUCGGAUCACGGAGACCGGCGUUGGGAGGUUGGGCACACCUUCCAGAACCGGAUCCUCGGCGGCGCUCAGCAUCGGCACACAAGGAUGCUCAGGGAUCUUGGGUCCACGUGAGGUGACUCGCUGCCGUCAUGUUUUCAACGACGCCCGCUUCCACUUGCACUUAGGGGUAUGGUGGCGUUUCACACAAUCCACAGGCACGCGUUUUCUGCUGCAUUGGGAAACCGAUGGCGGCCGAGAGGCAACUCAAGGUAUACUGUUUAUAAUCCCGAGCAGUCCCACCUUAUAGGCGUGUCUGUGUUUUUCUCUCCUCUUCCAAUAUAAUAUGUUUCAAACAGUCGCAAAUUGAUACCACCGAUCUUACCACACUAUCGAUAUCGUCCGUCUCAUCGGCGCCCAUUCCGCUCCUUUAUCUCACCAGUGGGGCCAUUACCGUUGCCCACCUCCCCUCCAUUGUUCAACGUUCUGUCCUUCCGUUCCACGUUGUCAAGGUUUCCGACCGUAUCACCGGUCAAUUUGUCCUC